CGCUGCCGCGACAGGAACGGGAGAAAGACGUAACGUUUCAAGAUGGCGAAGGACUUGGACGAGCUCUUGGAUGAGGUCGAGUCCAAAUUUUGCAGACCCGACCCACCGAGACCGGGCAUAGUGCAGCGGCCCAGAGGCUGCGGCGGCGGCAUCCUCAGCAACGACCAGAACCGAGCCGAGGCGAAAGAGAAUCUCAGAUCAGAAACAUUUGAGAAAGAAGAUGAUCUUGACAGUCUUAUUAAUGAAAUAUUUGAAGAACCCAACUUUGACAAAAAACCUUUUAAAUUAAAAUCUAAAUCUUCAGGUAACACAUCUGUCAAAGCUUCCAUUCAAGGCCUUGGUAAAAGUUGCAGCCCAGUGUACCUCGGUGGAAGCACUGCUCCGUGUGGAAUUGGAACAAGUACUUCACAGAGAGCAUGUGAUCAUCUGCGCUGUACAGCAUGUGAUUUCUGGGUGGUGAGCUACGACGACUAUAUGUGGGAUAAAUCCUGCGAUUAUCUGUUUUUCAGGAACAACAUGCCAGAGUUCCACAAAUUAAGAACAAAGUUGGUAAAGAAGAAAGGAACACGGGCAUAUGCCUGCCAGUGUAGCUGGAGAACUAUUGAAGAUCUGACUGACCUUCAGACUGAUCAUCAGCUUCAUUGGGUUUGUGGUAAACAUUAAGAAUGCAGACUUUUCGUAUUCAGACAAAUGCAUACAAUGAGAGCAGUCUCCAGUAACCAUCAACGUAUUUAGAUAAAGGUAUGAAGCAUUAUCAUGCCCUUUGGAAAAAGACAGGAAAUUUCAUUUAAUGACUAUAUAGUAUAGAUUUUCAAAGACCUAAUGGACUUGAGAAGAUAAUGUGCUUUAACAUUUUGGAAUUAUCUCUUUUUGAUAUAUGGGCAUUUCACUUAGUAAGUAAGGUAGCAAGUUAUCCUAAUUCUUUGCUAGCCUGUCUCCUGUUAAAUGGAAGUUUUAUUAUGGAGUUUCAUACAAAUAUAUAGCCAUUCAUUAGCAACUGCAAUAUUAGUCACUGCUAAUACUCUUAGCUAAAUAUUCCUCAUUUACAAUAUUUAAAGGGAAUAAAGCCAACCAGUGCAGAGAGGUCACUGGGAGGUGUAUACAGCAUCUCCUCUGGUCAGAUCUAUUGUUGCCAAAGAUCAGAAUGUAGACAUGGCAGAAACCAUGUGAUCAGUGGCUAACUGAAGGAUUUUGGGGAGCACAGGUUUGUUGUAAAUGAAAACACUGCCUAUGUUGACCUUAUAUCAGUAACUCCAAAUGAUAUUAUGUACAAUAAUGAUAAGUAUAUAUUCUAGUUUUAGCUUAUUUCUUCUCCUUAUGUUCAUUUAGAUAUCAAAAGUUAGUUUGCUAGUUUAGUAAAUAUUCAUUUAUAUAUAAAAAAAAUUGGUGUACCUAUAAUCAUAAGGAAAAAUCUUAAUAUGGAUAGAUCAUUAUUGGAUUUUUUCCAAGUAGUUCUCUAGCCUUCAGUGCCUAAAAUUCCAUCAAGUGAACAGCAAGUAAAAUAUUUUCUCAGGCAGCCUAUUGAUUUUCUGGUAGGAUCAGAUUGACAUGUUCAUUGUUAGAUGAGUGCAUGAGAAAAAAAAUAAAGCAUAGUGGAAGCAACAGGUAAUCUGUUGUGCUCCUCCUUGACAUCUCUGAGGCUGGAGGAACCCUACAAUAGCAGCACAUUCAGGAAAUCAGUUACCUCAAAAUUAUCAGUUCCCAGCACCAUGGAAAAAUUCUGGGGGCUUUCCAAUCUGCCAUAAGCUCUUUAUUGCUCGUGUCUAAGAUAUAGUUCAAAUGUAUGACACAAGGCAUGCUGAAAGGGAGUAACUGAAGCAAAGCUGUGAUUGCUUAGUCUUAUGCUGAAUCCAUUCCAGUCACACCACUCAAAUAAGAAGAAAGACUGGCCAUUAAAAUCCUUUUCCUAGCCGUGACACAUUUGCUUACCUGUAAAACUGACUGUAGUAAGUCUAGCAUUGCAACAAAACCCAUAGUGAACUCACAGUGGCAGAUGCUUACAUUUUUGUAUGGACAAUGUUUACAGAUUUUAUCUUUGAAUAAAAAUUUUUUUACUCCCUAAAA